AUGACUCGGUUCAGGGUGCCCCAAUCCUCUUCGGACGUGUUGAACGUGAACAAUCCUGAUGCCGGGACCAGUGCUGUUCGUUCAGAAGUGCGCAGGCCUCAGCCUCGGCGGAUCAACCGGCCACGUGUUUCUCGGAAGGCUUUCGCGAAGUUGCCAAAUGCUGAUCCCGUCGUCAAGACAGACGGUGGCCGCGUACGCUCCAAGUCGACCACGAAGGCUCGCAAGCGAGCUGAGGCAGCCGAGCAUGCAGCGCAGAAGAAGGAGGCGGCAAGACAAGAGCAGGCCGAAAGGAGGAAAAGGUGGAAAUACGUAUUCGUCGGUAACUUGAGCUCCAACAUCACCGUCGCUGACCUCUCCGAGCUGUUCGCGCCCUGUGGUACCAUCAAGGACAUCACAAUCAGAUGUAGCCAGGGAUCGGUUGUGAGCUCCCGCGGAGAGAAAGGUCGUUACUAUGCUUCAAUCAUUUUCGAGAGAGCCGCAUCUGCAGUAGGUGCUUUGAAGCUCGACAAACAUGAGUACCGUGGCGCCACGAUCACUGUGUCUCCGAUAGCCUUUGACCUUCCCGAGGCACAAGCGAUUCAAACCGCGCAGUCUAUCACAGGAAAUGAGAAACCAAACAUGGUCACUAGGUUGAAGAGGGCUCUGUUUCGCCAGGCGACAUUGUUAUCUUUAGAUGAUCCCGACGCGAAUCCGCAGAACCACAUUAUGGGAUUCUCAUUCGCAAACACUGUGGCAUGA